UGGGCCGGGGCCGGGGGGGGAGCAGCCCCGGCCGCCGCCCCGCCCCGCCAUGCCGCAGCCGUAGGCAGCCCGCGGCCGCUCCCAGCCCUCGGCCUCCGCGGCCUCCGGGCGGCGCGGCGGCGGGCCCGGCCCGGCCCGGCCCUGCCCGAUGGGCAGCCUGCUGAGCGGGGUCAGCUUCAAGGAGCCCACCACGGUGGAGGACUGCGACUCCACCUGGGAGACCGACUCGGAGCCCGAGGCGGCGGAGCCCGGCGGGGAGCCGAGGCGGCAGGAGGGGGUGUGCACCGCCGCGGGAGGCGGGGAAGAGCCGGCCGAGCUGCCCGCCGCAGACUGCCGGCCUCCGGAGCCCCCGCCGCCCCCGUCCCCGCCGCCGGAGGAAGGCGAGCGGGCAGAGGCGGACGCCGCCGGCCCCGAGCAGAGUGGUGAUGGAACUGAGCUGACAGCCAAGCCAAAGAGAAGCUUCUAUGCAGCAAGGGAUUUAUACAAGUACCGACAUCAGUAUCCACAGAACUUUAAAGAUCUUCGAUAUCAAAAUGACUUGUGCAAUCUCCGCUUUUACAAAAAUAAAAUCCCAUUUAAACCUGAUGGGGUUUAUAUUGAAGAGGUCCUAAAUAAAUGGAAAGGAGACUAUGAAAAACUGGAGCAUAACCACACUUACAUACAGUGGCUUUUCCCACUGAGAGAACAAGGUCUGAACUUCUAUGCUAAAGAAUUAACUACAUAUGAAAUUGAGGAAUUCAAGAAAACAAAAGAAGCAAUUAGAAGAUUCCUUUUGGCAUACAAAAUGAUGUUGGAGUUUUUUGGAAUAAAACUAAUUGAUAAAACUGGAAACGUAGCACGAGCAGCAAACUGGCAAGAAAGAUUUCAACAUUUGAAUGAGUCUCAACACAACUACUUGAGAAUCACUCGAAUUCUGAAAAGUCUUGGUGAGCUUGGAUAUGAGAGUUUCAAAUCUCCCCUGGUAAAAUUUAUUCUCCAUGAAGCUCUUGUGGAAGAUACCAUUCCCAACAUUAAGCAAAGUGCUCUAGAAUAUUUUGUGUACACUAUUAGAGACCGAAGAGAAAGGAGGAAACUCCUGAGAUUUGCCCAGCAACAUUAUACACCCUCAGAGCAUUUUAUCUGGGGACCCCCAAGAAAACAGAAGUCAGAGGGAAGCAAAACAAAUAAAAAGCCAGCAUCUCCAAUUUCUAUUCACAAUAUUACAAAACACAAGAAACCAAAAGAGCCUAAGAAUACACUGGCAAGUGGAAGCUCAGUUGGUAAAACAACUGAAGAAAGAAAGGUAGAACUCACUAAAAACAGGGAAGAAAAUGACCAAGAUGAACAAGAAAUGAACUGUGAUGCUGUUAGGCAGAACAACAGUGAAAAGAACAGUGAUACUGACACCGGUCAGCUUUCAAAAUCAGAGGAAAUUCAUGAUACUUCAGACAGAAAGGUGGAUGCUUCUCAUUCCAAAAAAGAUGAUGAAAACCUGAACAAUGACUGUGGAAAUCACACAGGCACUAUAGAGAAGGAUUUAUGUGACACUGAAAAUUCUUCAAAUAACAUGUCAUCAGAUCUACAAGAUAACCCUGAUAAGGAUACACUUUUAGGGGGGACCACCACAAAAAACAAGGAUGAGCUCAAAUCAUGAGUCUGAGGUUAGAAGUCAUUAUGUUUCAUAUUGAAUUAAGCAAAUUAUUCAUUGCUCCUUCAUUUUGGGUGAAAUUUCCAUCUAGUGUAGAAUAAAAUGUUCAUGACACUAUGCUUAUUGCAAAUGCAUCAGAUUAGGCUUCUUUUAGGUUGAUUAGUUUUAUUUUUUUCAACCUCAGCUUAUCAGCAGUCAGCCAGGUGUGGCUUUCUAAAACAAUCGUGUAUAUUCAAAGCUAAGAAAUUCAUUAUCUUUCCCAGACAGAUUGCAUAGAAAAGCUUAUCUAUUUUUUUCCAUUAAAUUCAUCCAGUAUUUAGAAAAAAAAAAA